CAAGCUGCAGAAGGGUAGGUUUGAUAUUAGCUUAGUCCCUUCAGCGAAGAUUGGGCUCUGAGACCAGAGCCCAAUCUUGCAGGGAAAGCAUACAUACAUGUGCGGCUAACGAAGUGGAUUGAAAAUUGCAAAACAUUUGGAUGCAUAUUCCAGUGACGUGAGCACAUUACAAUUUGUCACGACUUCUUUUAUCUAUGUUAGCUGGUGGCCGGAAUAUUGCAUUACUUGGUUGCCUACCUUCAAGGAAAGGUUUAUCGUCUCAACUAAUUUUUUACUCUUUAGUUUAGCUUCUACUGAGUCGGUUGAAGGCAGAAUGCACAGCGUUACAUGGGAGACACCAGCCGGGCGGCUCCAAUUGCGAAGUCCGCUUUUACGUCCAGUACCAGCUUAUUUGGUUACGCCGUUCCAUUCGAGCGUUGCAGCGCGGCCGGGGCCGGCUUCAGCUCGGCGGCCCUUGAGGUGUGCCGUAAGCGAUGCGCCUUCUGAGCCAGCCACGUCAACAUCUUGCGUCGCUGACAUCGACAAAGAACUAGUCGCGGAGAAAGCCCGGGAAGGAAUGCACCGCUUCGCAGCAAGCACGCGCAAGGUCGGAGCUACUCGUCUGGUGGUAGACUCACUGAAGCGCAUCUCGCUGACGUUCCUGGGGGAUGACCAUGCCCUCAACUUUGCGGUCGCCAAAAUAGUGGGCUCGCGUCUAGGGUGGUUUGCGGUCGACAUCCCCAAAAUUAUUUGCGGCAUGCGGAAAGUAACAUCCCUGGAUCAGCUGAGUGUGGAGGAGCGAGCUGCCUCCGAGAUGGAGGUGCUACGGGGGCUUCGGACUCAAUUCCGAGUCAUCGCAACACCCCUCCCUGGAGGUGCCAUCGCCCGCGAGGCAGCGUGGCAAGAUCUGUGGGGCAGCGUGAUUGUGUGGAUUGACGAGGAGGAUAAGCUAAGGCCCAAGCCGCGUACUGCGGAGAGGGUGCUGUACGAGGACAAGGCAGAGGUGGUUGUUCGGGCCAAGGUCCAGAAGGGUUUUGCGGUCAAGGGCGGCAACAGUCUGGACAACCGAGCCAAGGCUGUGGCAGAGCUGCUCCUACCUCGCCUGAGCGACCACUUAGCGGAGUUUCCGGAGCUGGCGGACCGGAAGCGGCAGUAUGUGGAACUGGGCUGCCGAGGCGACUGGCCGGAGCUACAGCCCCCCCAGUGGAGCCCCGUGGUGCAGGGCCUUGCAGCGGAUCGGAAGCCGCUGUUGGGAUUCGAGGAGGAGGCCCCAGCUGAUGAUGCUAUGAAUGUGACGGCAAGGGAGGAAGGGGCUGUAGCGGUGGCAGCUGCACCGGAGGCCGCAGCAACGGCGUAA